GGGGGGGUGGGAGAGUGUGUUCGGUUUUUUUCUUAAACAAAUGAGAGUGAAUUCCCCCUCCUUUUCAUAUUGGGAUUCUUAGCAGCAUCUGCGCACACCUGGAAAUCAAAGGAGAGGAAGAAGCAGCUUUUCUUGAUCUUGAAUAUCAGGAAUUAGCACUUCACAUCUUGGUUGUUCAAAGAUUCCAAGAAUCUGGAAUAUUUCCAAGAGACACUCUGCUCAUUUAAGGCCAUCCUUCGUAGUGAGAGUAAAGUCCAAAGUUGCUUCAGAUUCCUGGAGGUUCUGUUGAACUCUUGAGUGACAAGUAUAAACAUUGUAUAAUUCAUACAGAUAUAAUAUUUAAUUCACGUUUAUGAAUAACAUUUAACAGUAUUUUGGUGUGCUGAUUUUGGGGUAUGCUUUAGUGGCUCACUACCCUUUAAACAUUGAAUCCCUAUAGGAGACAAAACAUAUAUAACUGAUUUGGUUCCCCCUCCUCCCCUUCCAAGGGAAAACUUCACUAAGUGUUCAGAUCUCUCUUUGUGGGAGAAAGGCCUCACAGAAGAGCGUGCCUAUCACUGACGUAAGAUUGUAUAUCCCAACUGAACAGAAGCCUGAGGAAGGUUGGCCUACAAGACAAAAUGGCUGCUGAUCAGGGAAUCCUAUCAAACUUUGGUCUACAUUUCCAGGCAGAUGUAGAACAUUGGAGGCCUCCCAGGAUGAAAACAGAGGAACAAAGAAGCUCCAAAGAAGCAGAGGAUUUAAGGGGGGAAAGGAAAACUCCCCUGGUCAUCCAGGCUGGGAGCAUCAAGGAAUUCCUGCAACGAAGACCAGCUCAACAGCUUAAAAAGGAAUCGACUGAGGCACUCCUACAACACUGGGAAACUCAGUGGCAAGAGUUUUUGAAGACAGUGGAGUCUCCACACUCAGGCUGGGGCAUCCCACAGUUGCUAGUGGAGUCCACCCCAUGGGAUGACACUAAAGGAUUUCUGGCCUCCUACGAGCAAGUGGCUGAAGCCUGCCAGUGGCCCAAAGAAGUAUGGGCAACCCGACUCCUGCCAGCCCUCAGUGGAGAAGCUGAGCAGGCCUUUAGCAGACUGGAUCCAAGAGACAGGGAGGAUUAUGGGAAGGUGAAGGCUACCAUUUUGCAGUGGGAUGCCAUUACCAGAGAAAGGAAGCGCCAACAAUUCAGGCGCUUCUGCUACCAGGAGGCUGAGGGGCCGAGGGCAGUUUACAGCCAGCUCCGUGAACUUUGCCAUGGGUGGCUGAAGGCUGAGAAGCAAACAAAGGAGCAGAUCUUGGAGCUGCUUAUUCUGGAGCAAUUCUUGACUGUUCUGCCACAGGAAAUGCAGAACUGGGUCAGGGAAAGUGGCCCAGAGACCUGUUCCCAAGCAGUGGCCCUGGCAGAAGGUUUUUUACUGAGUCAGCAUGUGAUUGAGAGGAAGGAAGAGCAGGUGCCAGCAUUUGAAGAAAAGCCUGGGACCUUCUGUGAGGCAAAGCAGGUGCCAUCAGAUCUUGUGUCACGGCAGGUGUCUAGGGAAGGUGACAGUGCAGGUGUGAGACCACUGGGUAAAGGAUUGAUUAAUACAAGCAAGGAGGACAAGUGUCAGCCAAAAGGUUCUGACCCAGAGGAACCAAUCGUGAUUUCAGAAUGGAGGGCCAAGCAGCCUCUUUCCCAGUGUCCUAAGAAGGAAGGAGAGCCUCCAAGUCAGCGUGGCCCCAAGAGGCACCCAAAAAGUCAACCUGGGGAGGAGGGGAGAAAACCCAUUCCCUUCCAGAGUCCUUCCCUCAGCAAGGCCUUUGGGCAACAGCAGAGCUAUGCGAGGAAGGCAGAUGCCACUUGCAAUAUCAUGGUCCAUGGCUUUACCCAGAGACCGAGCUUUGUCGGCUGUCCCGACUGUGGUAAAGGCUUCAUCGACAAUGCCACCCUGGCUCGGCACCGGAGAAUCCACACCGGAGAGAAACCCUAUAGGUGCUCAGAAUGUGGGAAGAGCUUCAGCCAGAAUGGUACACUGAAGGCGCAUCAGAAAACCCACCUGGGAGUGAAAGCGUUCCAGGGCUCACUGCUCACUAAAAACCAGAGGGUCCAAAUGGGCAACAACCCAUCCAUUGGCUCGGCCAGUGGGGUCACCUUCGGUGCUGGCCCCAGCCUCGUCGCACGUCGGAAGACUCACAUGAUGGGACCGAAGCUGUUUGAGUGCUCAAACUGUGGGAAAGGGUUCAGCCGGAUCGCACACCUCAUUUCUCACGAGAGAAUCCACACAGGAGUGAAGCCCUUUGAAUGCUCGGACUGUGGGAAAAGCUUCAGUGACAAAUCAAACUUCAACAGGCAUUACAGGCUCCAUAUGAGAGAUAAACAACAGUCUAGCUAGGGUUUCAUUGUACACAAAGGACUUCCUGUUUCUGUAUCAAUCUGCUUGCCAGUUAAAGUUAGCACCUCAUUUUCUGUGUAUUCUUAUUUUCUGAUGGGUCAAGAUCAGAGACAGGGCUUUUUCAAUGGUAGCACAGUUGUAGAACAACCUCCCAGAGUUUCCACCGGGUGCUUAAUCUUUUAGGCACUAGGUAUAAAUGUUUUUUACUGGUAUUGUAGAAAAGCUCUGCUGAGAUUCUUUUUGGGGCAGGAGCUGUUUCUUGUCCGUAUCUUUCGUGUGCUACAUUAUUCCUCAUCUGUCGAAAUUUCUUAUUUUUACACCGUUUCUUUUAUCCUGGCUUAAUAAUUAUGCUUCUAGAAAUUAGAACUGGUUUUAAAAAAAUAGGAUUUUACCUAAUUCCAUUGGCUGGAAUAUUUAUAUGUGGCAAAAUCAGCCAAGUGACCCACAUGAAUCAUGAUUUUUCUGCUGGGAAAAGUUCCAAAAUCUUAUUUUGUGAAUCGGUUGGUUAUGAGUGGCCAACUUUCAACAGCCAUGUGUAAUAAAAAGAAGUCCAUUCAUUUCAGUUGUACAGGAGAUCUUAGUGGAUCAAACCUUACCUUGAAGGGUGAAGCGCAAGAUACACUAUGACAAAGAGAAUUUGGUCCCCUCCUAAGUGGCACUGUGAAUUAUAUUUUUAUCCUCUCCUCCUUCUGCAGAGCUCAGGGUGAUAUAUGUGGUUCUUCUCUUCUGUGUUUUAUCCACAAUACAACCCUGUGGUGUAGGUUAAAGUGAAACAAGGUGAUUGACCAAGAUCACCUUAGUGAACUAAACCUGGAUUUGAAUCAGGAUCUCAUUGGCCAAAAUUCAGAGGAUCUUUGGUAGAGCACUUCCUUGCUAUGUAGAAAGCUCCAGGUACAAAUAAAUCCACCAGACUGGAUUAACUUGGGGUAUCAUUUAAACUGUUACUUGGGUUAGGUUAAUAGAAAUAAAUACAAAAUUAAAUUUUGGGUUUAUUCAUUUAUUUUUGUUAAAAUUGCUAUACAUGUGCUUGCAGCAUGUAGUACUAGUCUGGAUUAUGGUAGGUUGAUAGUAGUGACCUUAUAUCUUCUGUGGGUGGGGGCCAAUCCUUCUUCCUGAGUGAGAAUUCCACCCAGGGUCUGAAUAAAGCAUAGCACAGUUUUGUUUCUUCUUAUCCACGGCCUGCCAUUUGAGGAUACACUUCCUCUGCAUAAGGCAGUUCCAUUAAUAAGAUCAUUGCCCCUAAGAAUGACAUUUCAUUUGAAUAUUUUUUAAAAGACAUCCAAUACAAACAUUUUGGAUGCUGAGUGGCUGAGUGGUUGAUGACUGUACCAAGGUUGAUCACACAAAUCUCAACAGAACUGAGUGGAAAAGAGGGGAAUUGGGGCUGGGGGCAGCAGACUUUAAGUUUGGGGCAUCAGCCAGGGCCUACAGGUUCUGAUAAGGCCCAGUGCCAUAACCUCCCCCCUCCACACCAGUUGAUGGAAGGACUUGUACAGGGUGGAAGACAGGAGGAGGGCUGCUGGUAUCCAGACAGGGGUCUCUGGCCCUGUCUGCCCCACUGCCCAGGGUCCUCCCCGCUACAAAAUCUGGAACUGGGCCUGAGUGGCAGUGGGAAGAAAGAGGACGCUCUGGGCUACAAUCUGGAAAAGUUUUACUGUCUAUAGGCCAAAUGUCACAUGAUUUAGUACUGAAAACACCUGGAAAGUUUGUGGUAUAAUCAGGGUUUCCUGUAAUAUUUCCCUGGUCAAAAAACCCUCCUCCACUCAGCUCUGAGUUACUUGAAAUACUGAUAUGCCCACCUUUCAUGCAUUCUGGGACUCCAGGUGGAUAACGCUCAGUUAAAACUGUGGUCGCUAAACCUUCAAAGCAAAGCCCGGAAGCUAACAGCCAGCCAUGGAAUGGCAGAAGGAAGCACUUCUUUCAAUAUACUCCCCUAGAUAACUUGGUCUUGCAGCCUCUCCUGAAAGCUAUCACAGCCAGGGACUUUUCUUAAGCUUUCAGGGGGGCUGUUCAAGAAUGUGGAAGUGCAGCAAUGAAUGCGGGAAGGGGAGGGUACUUGAAUUACACCUGUAAGUUCUUUCCCUCUUUGCAGCAUCUUAAAACAGCCCUGGAAGGAGAUUUCCAACUGGGGAAAAAGCACAGGAGGGUUUAGGCCCUCUUUCGCCAGCAAUGGGGGAGGCUCCUACGGCUGUAUUUGAGACCUAUCUAUGAACCAAUAAUGGGAUUCUAAUGCUGCAUGAAAUUUGGCCUGAAAUGGCAAAGGUGAAACAGAGACCACAGCUUCAAAAGGGACGGGAAGAAUUUGAACUAUUUCAGAGCAUCAAUAGGUUUGUUUGUGUCUAGCUGAACCUAGCUAUUCUCUAGAUAUCAGUUCAACAGAGAGAUUUCCAGUCCCAUGAAUCAUUUAUGAGUUUUUUUACUUUUUGGUUCCUAUCUGUUUGUGGCUUGUAUUUUUGGUGUUGACUGUCUUGCUGUGUAUUCGCUAUAUUGAUCCUUUCCAGCUAGAUCAGCUCCCAAGCGCUAUGCAACUUUUCUUGACAAUGUAACCAUCCAUCAGCUGUAUAAAAAACCUGGUGACAAGAAAAUGUUUAAUAAAAACCAAGUUUAAAUA